GACGUCGACCAUGACGGUGGCCAGUACUUGUUGCUCACCUGCUGCUCUGUUCGCUCGUCUGGCCGAUGUCUGCGCUCGUCUCCUCGUCUAUGUGUGUUGCUUGCUGGCUGCCUGUGUCGACCUUGCCUGCGAGCUGCUUGCGACCAGUCAGGAGCACGCGUGUUCAAGGCCGAGUAUGAGAACAGAGAGGAGCACGCGCGGUCACGGCACUUAGGUGAGGGUGCGAUCGCAGCGCGCAAGGCCGUCAGGGAGACAGCUCCGACGCAGACCCAUGCCAACCGCAGGUGCGCGGUGUGCAAGUGUUCCUCGCCCAGGGCCUCAGGCUCGGGCUCGGGCUCAUGUUCCUCCCGUCGCUCUCCAUCGUCGGCCACCAUUUCGCGCACGCCGUGCCCUCGCCGUCGGCAUCGCCAUCAGCGACUCGAGUGCCAGCGGGGUUGUUUUCCCCAUCAUGCUCAACCGGUUGUUCCAAGAUCCUACUGUUGGCUUCGCGAACGCGGUGCGCGCGAGCGGCGCGGUCGUCGGCGGGUGCCUCGUCGCGGCUAACUGCCUCAUGCCCGCGCGGCUCCCGCUGAAGCGCGCGGUUCGUAUCGCGGAGAAGGACGGCUCGAGGUGCGCAGCAAGGCUGGAAGGCGUGGCGCGGCAUCGUCUGGGACGGAGUGUACUUGUGGACUAUAUGCGGAGCAUUUCUGACGAGCAUAGGGGUGUAUGUCCCGCUUUUCUAUCUCCAGCUGUUCGCGGUGGACCACAACGUCAACUCGUGUAUCACGACCUACUCCCUUGUGAUCCUCAACGCCGGAAGUACACUCGGGCGGCUCGUCCCCACCUUCCUCGCGGACAAACUCGGCGUGUACAACAUGCUCGUGCCCGCGAUGGCCGCGUGCGCCGGGCUCAUCUUUGCCAUCUUCGGCGCGACGAACGGGCCGGGCGUCAUCCUCGUCGGGCUGAUCUUCGGUUUCGUGUCGGCGUGAAGAUGGGGCUCGCAUAUACCGCGGUGGCUGCGGCGAAUCUCAUCGGGAACCCCAUCGCGGGCGCGUUGCUGCGCACGAGUACGGGGGGGCCAUUGACGUGGUGGCGCGCGAUCGUGUUUACCGGCUGCGUUGCGGCGGUCGGGGCGGCCGUGUAUGGCGUUGUCGAGAUCACUGUUCAUCAAAGGGCGAGGGAGGGAUGGGCGGAAGGUUUGAGGGGGCUGUAGUCAUGUCGUGGGGAUGCGAUGUCGUGGCUCCAGUUCCCAUUCUGCGCACAGUCGGCUAUGGUUGAGGCGAGGUGAGAAGAGUGGGCGCGAUUGGUUGUUCGUUGUUCGCAAAAGAACUCGGCGGUCGUCGUCUGAC